GGCACCGGAAGUGAACGUCACAUACACAGGAAUGGCCCAAAAUAAGCCGCACCGGAGCAGAAUGAUAAACAAUUCUUAGGAGAAAAUGCGUUUUUACUUUAUGUUUGUGUUGAAGAGAUGAGUUAUUUUUUCAGAGGUCGUUUCAAGACAUUACAGAGGGUGUUGUCUUGCUAAAUGGAGUCUGAGCAGUUGUUUAACAGAGGCUACGGCAGGAACAGCUACAAUAGCAUCACCAGUGCCAGCAGUGACGAAGAGCUCCUUGAUGGUGCUGGAGUCAUCAUGGACUUCCACACCACAGAGGACGACAACCUGCUCGACGGGGACGCGUCCCCAGGGUCAAACUACGCCAUGUCUAAUGGUGGAGGUGGAGGAGGGGCCAGUAGCUCCACACACCUGCUGGACCUACUGGAUGAGCCCAUUCCAGGUGUGGGCACCUAUGAUGAUUUCCACACUAUCGACUGGGUCAGAGAAAAAUGCAAAGACAGAGAGCGCCACCGCAAGAUAAACAGUAAAAAGAAGGAAUCGGCGUGGGAGUUCACCAAGAGUCUUUAUGAUGCCUGGUCAGGGUGGCUGGUGGUCACACUUACAGGACUUGCGUCAGGAGCAUUAGCGGGCGUCAUAGACAUCGCUGCUGACUGGAUGAACGACCUAAAGGAGGGCGUUUGUCUCAGUGCCAUGUGGUUCAAUCAUGAACAGUGCUGCUGGGGCUCCAACGAGACCACCUUUGCUGAGAGAGACAAGUGUCCUCAGUGGAAGACAUGGGCCGAACUCAUCCUGGGUCAGGCUGAGGGGCCUGGUUCCUAUAUAAUGAACUACUUCAUGUUCACGUUUUGGGCGCUGUCCUUUGCUUUCCUGGCAGUCUCUCUGGUGAAAGUGUUUGCACCUUACGCCUGCGGGUCUGGAAUACCUGAGAUUAAAACCAUUUUGAGUGGCUUCAUUAUUCGGGGGUACCUUGGGAAGUGGACCCUUCUGAUAAAGACCAUCACUCUGGUGCUAGCUGUGGCAUCAGGUCUCAGUCUCGGAAAGGAGGGCCCGCUGGUCCACGUGGCCUGUUGCUGUGGCAACAUCUUUUCCUACCUCUUCCCUAAAUACAGCAAAAACGAGGCCAAGAAACGAGAGGUUUUGUCUGCCGCGUCUGCUGCUGGGGUGUCUGUUGCUUUUGGAGCUCCUAUAGGAGGAGUACUCUUCAGUUUAGAGGAGGUCAGUUACUACUUCCCUCUAAAGACUCUGUGGCGCUCUUUCUUCGCUGCACUGGUGGCAGCGUUUGUUCUGCGCUCCAUAAAUCCAUUCGGGAACAGUCGGCUAGUGCUGUUCUACGUUGAGUAUCACACUCCCUGGUACCUUUUUGAGCUUUUCCCAUUCAUCCUGCUGGGGGUAUUUGGUGGCCUAUGGGGGGCCUUUUUCAUCCGGGCCAAUAUUGCGUGGUGCCGGCGCCGCAAAUCCACACGCUUUGGAAAGUAUCCGGUCUUAGAAGUGAUCACUGUCGCUGCUAUCACGGCCAUCGUUGCAUUUCCAAAUCCGUACACGCGGCAGAACACCAGCGAGCUGAUUAAGGAGCUGUUCACAGAUUGUGGCCCGCUGGAGUCAUCACAACUCUGCCAGUACAGAAGUCAGAUGAACGGCAGUCAAGCUUACCCAGAAGGAUCAGAGGCCGCCACGCCAGGUGUUUACUCAGCCAUGUGGCAGCUUAGCCUGGCACUCAUCUUUAAAAUCAUCAUGACCAUCUUUACCUUCGGCCUAAAGGUGCCGUCAGGUCUAUUCAUUCCCAGCAUGGCCAUUGGUGCAAUUGCUGGACGCAUUGUGGGCAUCGCUGUAGAGCAGCUGGCGUAUUAUCACCACGACUGGUUCCUGUUCAGAGAGUGGUGUGAGGUGGGUGCAGACUGCAUCACGCCUGGACUGUACGCUAUGGUGGGGGCGGCAGCCUGCCUUGGUGGUGUGACUCGAAUGACCGUGUCUCUGGUGGUCAUCGUGUUUGAAUUGACUGGUGGGCUGGAAUACAUUGUUCCUUUAAUGGCAGCCGUGAUGACCAGUAAAUGGGUGGGCGAUGCAUUCGGGAGAGAGGGAAUAUAUGAGGCCCAUAUUCGUUUGAACGGAUACCCCUUCCUGGACGCUAAAGAAGAGUUCACGCACACCACGUUGGCACGGGAAGUGAUGCGUCCACGUCGCAGUGACCCACCGCUGGCCGUGCUAACGCAGGAUGACAUGACGCUCGGCGAGUUGCAGGCCAUGAUCGCAGAAACGAGUUACAAUGGCUUCCCCGUCAUUGUCUCCAAAGAGUCACAGAGACUGGUGGGCUUUGCCCUGCGUAGGGAUAUGACGAUUGCCAUAGAAAAUGCCCGCCGUAAGCAGGAGGGAAUAGUGAUGAAUUCACGAGUUUAUUUUACCCAGCAUGCCCCGACCCUUCCGGCCGACAGCCCGCGGCCUCUGAAACUCCGCAGCAUCCUCGACAUGAGCCCCUUCACCGUCACAGACCACACACCCAUGGAGAUUGUGGUCGACAUUUUCCGCAAGCUCGGGCUGCGUCAGUGCCUUGUGACGCACAACGGGAUUGUAUUGGGCAUCAUCACAAAGAAGAAUAUUUUAGAACACCUGGAAGAGAUCAAGCAGCAAGUGGAGCCCUUGGCGCCUCCUUGGUAUUAUUACAAAAAAAGAUAUCCUCCGUCAUAUGGCCCAGAUGGCAAACCAAGACCCAGAGUCCAUAAUGUUCAAUUAGCAUCCUCCUCCUCUCGCUACGUGGAAGAAAGUGAAGAGGAGGUGCGUUUACUGGACAAUUCAUCCCUCUGACCACACGUUCAUUUGGUACCCUUAACCUGCCCAUCAAAAAAAAAACACUAUGCCAGAUGGGACCCCAUCCUGGCCAUAUCUUCUGGAUACAUGCACAAGAUACCAGAAGGAGAUACUUGAGGUAGACUCUGGCUGCUUUGAGAAGUCUGGAGUUUGAGAAAAGUCUCGGGUUAGCGUUUACAUGCUAACACGCUAAAGCUAACUCUCACACGCAUGCACAAACACCCACACAAGGCACCUUUACUCUUUUACCUUCGGGCUCUCUUUAUUUGGCCUCCCUUCGCUUUCUGCCUGAGAAAAUGUGUCUUGAGAAGGUCAAGAUGAACCGCUCGGUUGCGAGGAGGGACCUUCACUGCAAAGCGAGACCUCACUCACUGCCCAAAAACAAAGACUGCAUAACAUUGUUUACCUGUUGUGUGUACGUUUUGAAGGAGUGAGAUUGUGUUUGUAAAAGCAUCCCAACAUUCCAGCCAGGAUAUAACGCUCCAAGUCCUGUAUGUGUAUACAGAUCAUGCCUGUUUAUAUUUAUGAAGUAUUAAAACUAUCAAAAAGCAUUAAAAAAGCAGGUUUUGUGCUACCUAUGCGACAGGAGGGUUAGAUAACAGGGUGAGUUAGUUAACUUUCAUUAAUCCCCUUAAACCUCGACACUACAAAUGGCAGUCCAAGUAUGUCAACCAAGGUUCUGUGACCGGUUUUAGUGUCCACAAAUCUGAGAACUUGUUUGUUUUUCAUCAACAAAACGUGAAGGUACUUCUUUUAAAGCUGCUGUCUUGGUUGUCCUAUUUUAACAUACUAAGUAACUACUCUAACAAAAUUGUGUUGGUGAACAAACAUAAAUGAUCAAAUUGGAGAUUGUUGGUUCCAGAGCAGUUAGAUAAAAGCCUUGUUUAAACUUUCAAAAUUUAUUUUUUCUUUUACACACUAAAAAUGUUGGGUUAUUUCAUCCCAUAGUUGGAUGACAACAACCCAGUGAAGGGUUAUUAAUCACCCAACAGUUGGGUUUGUCCAUAUUUGAUCCAGCUAUGGGUUAAAGCAACCCAACAUUUUUGACUCUACUGUAAUACAUAAGUCACGUAUUGUAAUACACUAACACAAAUCCUGUCCCGUCUAUAGAAAGUAUAUUGCGUUUGAGCAUGAAUUUAAUUACAACAAUUAGUUGCACAAUGUACAUUGUAAACAAUUUGAAUAAAUAUCUUUAUCACAUUACAGUAAUUAGAAAAAGAUCUUACCCUGAUUUGAGUAGGCAACUGAGUUUUGGGUUAGGAAGGUUCAUCAAAACCACAUGUACAUACAGGCUGCAUAUAAACCAUCUCUGCAGGGUUUUAUUUUAGAAAUGGUAAAUCAUGCAGACUUGCUAUUUUUGGCACAGUUGCAGAGUUUAUUAUUGAGAUACUAGAGAAUGUGGGAAUGAAUAGUUGCACUUCAUGUGUGACAGUUGCUUUCGGUCACUCUAAUCGUUUUUGCAAAAAUAAAUGGCUCAGUUUUGUGCAAAUUUGACUUUGCUCUUCCCUAUUCUGUAUGUUAAAUCACAUAUUUAUAACAUACCAGCUCCUCUUAACCUUUUGUUUUCUCUUAAAAUUUCACUUCUUUAGUUACUUGAUAGCAUAUGUUUUUUCUGAAACAAGGCUGAAGUGUUGUUUUUUAACAGGACGGUGAAAUUGUCAUUUUUGUUUCCAUGGUGACCCUGCUGAUUGAUGCUAAAUGAGUUUGUGUGAGUGAGGCUCUGUGUUUUCAUUAGCAGUUGAUGUUGCUCUGUUAAUCGAUAUAGGAAACAAUGUUGUUAUAUAUUGAUCCAAUUUUUUUUUAUUUAUACUAGUGCUAGAGUUGUACAAUACUGAGAAUUUUACAUAUGAUUGAUGGUUUGAUUGUACAUUAAAAAUAUGUAAAAAAUAAAUUGUUUUAAAUUAAGUGUAUAUGCUGUGUUUGCCCUGUAUUGCUUUCACGUAUGAAGUACCGCAUGUCAAAAUCUGCUCUCUGGUUAAUCAAAUCAACAGUGGUGUGUGUUACAUUCAAUGGUGUGUUUCUCAACUUUAUUCAUUAAAUAACAAGACAUCACAUGA